UGAACACAUCCCAACAACAACCCAUUAGGAAACCACCCAAACUCAGCCACACAAAAUCCACAGGAAAAUCUCGCCGCCGGCUCUGAGAAUUCACCUCAUUUCUCACCUAAAUAAUGACCCUUGCUUCAUCUUCUGUUUUCUUUUUCACUGUCGUCCUUCUUUUUCCGUUCAGUUUCUCGAUGUCGGAUUCUGAAGCUUUGCUUAAGCUCAAGCAAUCUUUUACCAAUACUAAUGCUCUCGAUUCUUGGAAGCCUGGUUCUGGGCCUUGCACUGGAGAUAAGGAAUGGGGUGGACUGGUUUGUUUCAAUGGCAUUGUCACAGGUCUUCAUUUGGUAGGAAUGGGAUUAUCCGGGAAAAUCGACGUCGAAGCUUUGACUGCGAUCACGGGUCUUCGGACCAUCAGCAUUGUAAACAAUUCUUUUUCGGGUUCCAUCCCGGAAUUCAACCGAUUGGGGGCUUUGAAGGCCAUUUUCAUAUCUGGGAAUCAGUUUUCCGGGGAGAUUCCGCCAGAUUACUUUGUGAGAAUGGCUUCUUUGAAAAAACUAUGGCUUUCCGAUAAUAAAUUCACCGGCGCAAUUCCUUUGUCAAUUCAGCUUCUUUCUCAUCUUAUUGAGCUGCACCUUGAAAACAACCAAUUCACCGGAACUAUCCCGGAUUUUAAUCUGCCAACGUUGAAGUCGCUUAAUCUUUCGAAUAAUAAAUUAAAGGGAGCCAUCCCCGAUAGUUUAUCGAAAUUUGGUGGGAGCGCAUUUGCAGGCAAUGCGGGACUGUGUGGGGAAGAAUUGGGAAAUGGGUGCAAUCAUCAUGGGAUUGAUCUCGGGACAGACAGGUCCCGCAAGGCCAUUGCAGUGAUCAUAUCAGUGGCUGUCGUGAUUAUAUCUCUUCUAAUCAUCGUGGUUUUUCUGAUGAGGAGAAGAAAAGAGGAAGAAUUCGACGUGCUUGAGAAUGUUGACGAGUCAGUUGAGGUGCGAAUAUCGGGGUCUAGCAGAAAGGAGGGAUCAAGCACCAGCAGAAGGGCCAUAGGCUCGAGCCGGAGGGGCUCCAACCGUUCGAGCCAGGUCAAGAGCAGCAUGAAGGAGGACAUGGUGGUGGUGAAUGAAGAAAAAGGUAUUUUCGGGAUGUCGGACUUGAUGAAAGCUGCUGCUGAGGUGCUUGGAACUGGCAGUUUGGGGUCGGCCUACAAGGCGGUGAUGGCCACCGGCAUUGCGGUGGUGGUGAAGAGGAUGAAAGAAAUGAAUAGAGUAAGCAAAGAAGGAUUCGAUCUGGAGCUCAGGCGACUGGGCAGCCUGCAACACCCCAAUGUUCUAAACCCUUUGGGUUACCAUUUUCGAAAAGAGGAGAAGCUCAUCAUCUACGAGUACAUUCCCAAAGGCAGUUUGCUAUUUGUACUCCAUGGUGAUCGAGGACCCUCCCAUGCGGGGCUCAAUUGGCCAGCGCGUUUAAAGAUCGUUCAAGGGAUCGCUCGAGGAUUGGGCUAUCUCCACACCGAGCUAGCCUCAUUGGACUUGCCCCAUGGCAAUCUCAAAUCAAGCAAUAUCCUUCUCACCUUCGACCACGAUCCAUUACUCUCAGACUAUGGAUAUAGCCCAUUGAUCAGCGUCAGCUUUGUUUCACAAGCCUUGUUCGCCUACAGGGCCCCCGAGGCCGUCCGGGACAAUCAGAUAUCGCCCAAGUGCGACGUCUACUGCCUCGGAAUCGUCAUUCUUGAGAUCCUUAUCGGAAAAUUUCCCAUGCAGUAUCUAAACAACAGCAAAGGUGGCACCGACGUGGUGGAAUGGGCGGUGUCCGCCAUUGCAGACGGGAGAGAAGCUGAGGUAUUCGAUCCCGAGAUCGCAAGCUCCAUAAACUCCAUGGAAGAGAUGGUGAAACUCCUCCACAUCGGCGUCGCUUGCGCCGAGAGCAACCCCGAGCAGCGGCCGGACAUAAAGGAGGCCAUUAGAAGGAUAGAGGAAAUCCAUAUAGAGGGAGGCGGCAGCGGAGGAGGAGCUAGCCAUGAUAGAACCAUUCAAGUUCUGCCGUCGCUCCGGGACGGAUACGGAGAAGUGCCGGUGACAGUACCGCAAUCGAGCCCUCGGGAGGCGUAUGGCGAGAUCUCUCUGAAUGGAUCCGACAGCCUCGAAGAGAACCCCGGCGCCGGGCACCGCAACGACAACUUCUCAUUUUCCAUUUCCUAACGAGCUGUUUUAAUUUCAGCAGUAGAUUUGGGAGCAGAUUCAAGGAA